GACAUUGCGACUCAACAAGCAUUAUUACUAGAAAUUUAUUCGUUAGUAUCAAAAAGACCAGACACAGCAUGUAAUUUUCUUGAUGGUAGCCAAAUGCUGGGUGGUAAAGAUACACGUGUUAUCUAUAGACAUUAUGCUACUUUAUAUUUUGUGUUUGUCGUAGAUGAAUGUGAAAGUGAAUUGGGAAUAUUGGAUUUAAUUCAGGUUUUUGUGGAAAGUUUAGAUAAAUGUUUUGAAAAUGUUUGUGAACUUGAUUUGAUAUUUCAUUUUGAGGAGGUUCAUAAUAUACUUUCAGAAUUAAUCUCAGGUGGAAUGGUUUUGGAGACAAAUAUUCAAGAGAUUGUAGGAGCAGUUAGUGAAGCCAAAAAAUUAAAGAGACGCACAACGGGUACAAUGGCAACAAUUGCUGGAAGUGGUGCUGGUGCAGCCGCAAGAGAUUUAGGUGCAAAUAUAGCAAGCACCCUGACAUCAACAUUACAGAUGACCUUACAAAACACU